AUGACUUCAACAAAACAAUCAGUUUUGAUUCUAUAUAAACAAUUACUUCGUGAAUGUCACAAAUUUUCACUUUAUAAUUAUCGUGAAUAUUUUCUUCGACGAGUACGCGAAGAAUUUCGUCAAAAUCGUAAUGUACAAGACUCAUCAAAGAUUGCUGAGUUGUUAAAGUUUGGACAAGAAAAUCUUGAAAUCAUACGAAGACAGGUUAUCAUUGGAAAUCUUUAUACACCACAACAGAAGUCAAUUAUUGAAAAUCAACAACAUUCAUCUAUUUUCUCAAGAUAA